CGCGCGACUGUCUAGGAAACGGCAGCCUCGGCCGGCCCGGAGGGCGGCGGGAACCGGGCAGGGGGCGGGGGCUGGGGACGCGGCCCGCGCCUGGGCCCGAACGGAGCGCGCAGGUCUCGUGGCGCGGCGCUUUGCAGUUUCCAAAGCUCUUUGCCAGCCAUUGGUUACAUCCACACACGGCACCCGGUGAGGCAACGAGCGGCGGGCAUGGAUUGCCCUUUGAGCUUUGAUGAACCCCUUUCUGGCCGAAGUCGAACCAGAAUCAGAGACCCCCUGACUCAGGCUGCUGUCUGGGGAAAAAAUUACUUGUGAGAACCUUCAUUUCAUAGUUGACCUCGGGACCCUUGUAGCUACAAUUUUUAUCAAAGCAGAUGAAAUAGAGGUGAACUAUACAGUGAACUAUAAAGCUGGUUUCCUCUAUAUUCUGCAAUCUAGGAGAAAAACUUUCUCCCAAGGACAAAUCAGAAAUUGAAUUGUGACUCUUAAUGAAUGACCUCUAUCAAGUCUGGAGAGAAGGAUGGGAGGAUAAAUUUAAAGAAGAGUUUGUUCAGAUAAGAUUAUUGAGGACAGCUCUGUGAAAUGUGAGACAAGGUGAAGAUUUCAAAGGAGAGUGGACCACAGUGUGAUGAUCUGAAGAUGGCAUUUGUUCCUCAUUUCUUCCUGUUGAUUCAGAGAAAGAGCAGAAAGUGCUGUUUUUCAACCCUAAACUUUCGACCAAGAAUGAAACUAUUUAGAAGUUAAGAUGACAACAGAUCAUGAAGAGCCCUGUGGUCCUAGUCACAGGUCAUUCUGCCUGAAUGGAGGACUUUGUUAUGUGAUACCUACUAUUCCCAGCCCGUUUUGUAGAUGCAUUGAAAAUUAUACAGGAGCUCGUUGUGAAGAGGUUUUUCUCCCAAGCUCCAGUAUCCAGACUAAAAGUGAUCUGUUCGCAGCUUUCGUGGCGUUGAUUGUUCUUCUAGGAACUCUUAUCCUUGGAGCCCUCUACUUCCUCUGCAGGAAGGGCCAUCUUCAGAGGGCCAGCUCGGUCCAGUAUGAUAUCAACUUGGUAGAGACAAGCAGUACCAGUGUCCACCACAGUCGUGGAGAACAUUGAAGAAAUAACACAGUGAAGCCAAAUCAUUGCUUCUUUGUUACAAAGGCAGAGAGUGAAACUCUAAAAGGAUUUUCAGAAAGCAAGACUCAUAAACUGUUUCUACAAGUGAAAACCAAGUCAGUCAUCUAAAAAUCUCAAUUUCAAAUCAAGAGGAUUUAGCGUCUUCUGUUUUUAUUAGAACGGAAUUUAUGGUGGUGUUUAAAUGACAGAAGUAGAUUUAAUUACUUUCUCAAACAUUUCUGUAGAAUGCAUAGGAAACCAUCAGGUUUGUGAAAGUUUAUUUUACAUUCUUUCAUGUUCAUUGUGUUAAAUUUGCCGUACAAGUCAGUGGCAAAACCUCUGCUGUUUGGCUUCUCUUACUAGAUUGAAAAGUGGUUGUAUUUACCAAUGGCCCAGGUUUAAAUAAAGUUGAUAAUUACAGCAGUGA